AGGAAUAAGAAGUAUGAUAAUGUAUUGGCGGGAACAGCUGAGAAUCCUUUGUGGUUCGAAGGUGGACAACUCAAUAUAAGUUAUAAUGCAUUGGAUAGACAUGUGAAUAAUAAUGAAGGAAAUAGGAUGGCAUUGAUCCAUGAGACUCCAAUGUUCAACAAGACCACAACAUAUACUUAUAGCGAACUGCAUGAGCAGGUUUGCUUGGCAGCUGCCGCACUGGCCAAUCUAGGCGUGGUCAGUGGUGAUCGAGUCGUUAUCUACAUGCCAACAAUCCCACAAGCUGUAAUGGCAAUGCUGGCUUGCGCCAGACUUGGCGCAACACAUUCAGUCGUGUUUGGCGGCUUCGCAGCACCACAGUUGGCAUCAAGGAUCGAACAUUGCAAACCUAAAGUGGUCAUUUGCUCAGACUUUGGUGUCGAGGGCAAGAAGAUCAUCCCCUACACGCCACUCCUAAGGGAGGCCUUGGCAUCCAUCAAAUACAAACCCGAACAUGUCAUUGUGUAUGAGCGAAAGGAUGUCACUCCCGGUAACAUGGUCAUACCAAAUAUUAAUGGCGCGUUGGAUUGGAGCUCAUUAAUGCGCUCGGCACAACCAAUGAAGGACCACACAGUCGUGGACUCAUCACAUCCAUUGUACAUUCUCUACACAUCUGGCACCACUGGAAACCCCAAGGGAAUUGUCAGGAGCACAGGAGGCUACGCUGUUGCCCUGGCACAUGUAAUGGGUGCUUGCUACGACUGUGGCCCUGGCGACACAUUCUUUGCCACUAGCGAUGUUGGUUGGGUCGUGGCUCACACUUUGUCCGUCUACGGACCAUUGAUCAGAGGCAUGACAUCAGUCAUCUAUGAAGGCAAACCAAUACUCCCCGACUCUGGAGUAUUUUGGAGAAUGGUCCAGGAUCACAACAUCAAGUCGAUGUUCACAGCGCCCACCGCCGCCCGCGCCAUCCAACGUGAGGAUCCAGACGGAAAGAUGGCUGCCAAGUACGACCUGUCGUCACUCAAGUCGAUAUGGAUGGGAGGCGAGCGAGGCGACCCCACAACCCUGAAGUACAUUGCCAAUGCCACAAAGGCACCGGUCUAUGACAACUACUGGCAGACCGAGUCUGGAUGGGCAAUGAUAUCAAACUGUCGUGGAGCUAUCCCUGUGCGCUAUGGCGCUGCUGGUAUGCCCGUGCUUGGAUCGGACUUCCACGUCAUUGAUCCGGCCACCGGAAAAAGAAUGUCCGAUGGCAAUAUGGGAGAGGUGCUUGCGCCACUUCCCCUGCCCCCCGGCUACUGUACCGAGCUGUACAAUAACAAGGAGGGAUACAAGAAGGCGUACCUCACCAUUCCAGGAUUCUAUCGUACUGGCGACGCAGGCUAUGAGGACCGCGACGGUUACAUUCAUAUCAUGACUCGAGUCGACGACAUUAUCAACACGAGUGGUCACAGGAUAUCAACUGCAUCGAUCGAGGAGGUGUUGUACACCAAUCCAAACAUUGUCGAGUGUGCAGUUGUUGGAGCAAACGAUAGUGUUAAGGGCGAGAUGCCCUUUGCAUUUGUCGUUCUCAAGCCUGGCUUGGCGUUCAAUGAGGCCCUGGAGAAAGAGAUCAUGCAGAUGGUCAGACAAAAGGUUGGCGCAUUUGCAUCACUCAAACAUGCUCUGGCGGUGGACCGACUGCCCAAGACCAGAUCGGGCAAGAUAGUUCGCAACAUCCUCAAGGCUAUCUCCAAUGACCAUGAGCACUACUCUGUGCCGCCAACCAUCGAGGACGACGCUGUUCCCAAAGAGAUUGAGGCUCAGUACAAGAAGUUCAAGGCAUCACUGGAUAGA